UUUUUUUUUUUAAUAAAUGGCAAUUUAAAAAUCUUCCGCGCAAUCGAUACGAAAACGGCAACACCAUUUUCAGCUGUCACCAAGCAAGCAGCUGAUAAAUCGCAAUUUUGUUACAUACAACAUUUAUGUAAUUUUUGCUGGGAAACAUCUCUUUAGAGAUGCUGCGGAAAGUAGUGUUAGGUUCGGUCGGAUUGGCCACUUUCAUACCGGUGGUGGGUGCUGCGACUCCUAUCAAGGAAGACCCGCCGAAUGUUGCGAAGCCCCCUCUCAUGAAGCCUUCGGACCUGCCGAUCUACGAAGCUCCUCAUGCGGAAUAUGCUGAGAAAGUCAAAGCUAAGUCUGACAAAAAUGAGGUUGGUUAUGUGAAGUCAGCGCUUCUGACUCCAGUCCGUAUGGUUCGUGAGCAAGUGCAGAUUGUGGUCGAACACACAGACAAAGUUAAGCACUCAGUGCAAGAUCAGUACCAUGACCUUCAGGAUAAAACCGGUUGGAUUUUCAAGUUCCUCCGAGAAGAAGAAAACAAGGAGGUGCGAUAUGGUGCUGUAGCAAUGGGUGGUCUUACUGGCUUCAUCUUUGGUCUCAGAGGCGGCCUCAUCAGGCGAGUAAUCUACGCAACUGCGGGUACCACCGCCAUGGGUUGGGUGUGCUUCCCCGAAGAAACAAAAGACAUUCUGAAGAACAACUCCGUACUAGCAAAGCAAUACAUCAACAUUGCAUACAACUUCCUUUAUGGAGUGAAACCCGGUGACCCUCAACUGGAGGUGAACUUCCCAGAGCUGAGUUUCCCCAAAGACUUUUCUGAGUUUGUGGACAUGUCAGUCUCUUUGGCAUCAUCAGUCAAGCAGGCGAUAAUGCCUCCGCCAGCGAAAGAGGAAUCAAAACCAGAGGAGAAAAAGGAAUAGAUUACAUGCCGAAAGAUGAUGUAGAUGAGUCAGUUCGAGCGCCGUGAGGUGAAAAUAUCGACUACCACAACCGUUUUAGUGAAAUAUUAAAUUUAUUUAUUGUUUGCUAGUUAAAGUGUAAUACAAUCGACAUGUAAUUAAACAAAUUAUAUUUUUA